AUGUAUCAUUUGAAAAGAUUACUAUUUUUCUUUUUAACAAUUCUAGUUAAUAUUAAUUAUUUAUACUCUCUUCAAGAUUCAAGUAAUUUUAAUUCAAUUAAUUCUAAAACUUUUCAACAAAAUGAUUUAUUAACUUCUGAAAAUAAAGGAAAUUAUAAUGUAGAAAGACAAAAAAGGCAAUCCGGUAGAGGUGGAAGAAUUAUUAGACCUCCAGUUCAAAGAAGGCCACCACAACAGAGACCACAAUUCCAAAGAAUACAACAACAAAGAAAUGCUCAACGACAACAAAGAGCACAGGAACUAAGAAGAUUAGAACAACAAAUAAGACAACUUCAACAACAAUUGUAUCAACAAAAACAAAGAAUAUUAGAAAGACAACGUCAAGAACGUGAAAGAAGACGAAAAGAAGCCAUAGAAAGAAUUAGAAAAGAAGAAGAAAGAAGGCGUCAAACAACAACAACAACAACUACUACUACUACUACUGUAAAACCUGAAGAAGAAUAUUAUUCUGGUGAAUAUGAGGAACCUAAUUAUGAAGAUUACAAUCAAAUGGGAGAUGAUCAAUCAGGUAGUCAAGAAUAUGAUCUUGAAAUGGAUUUAAAAAGUCAAGGAGACAUGAGAGUUGCUGAAUCUUUUACGGAAAAGUGA